UGUAUAGCCCAAAAUUAAAAUUGGUUUAAAAUUGCUCACUACUUCUUCUCCCAAGGAAAAAAACUGUUACAGCGAAACCCCCAUACUGCAAUUUAACAAGUGAUCCAUUUUUUUUCUGACCGUUGGCCCGCAUCUCUCAGACCCGUACCCGUUUACCCGAUCCGCCGGCGAAACAUCCAUUUCCUCUAUUAAGCAAGGGAAAUCUGAGAGAGAGAGAGAGAGAGAGAGAGAGGGGAGAUGUAUAAAAACCAGCUUCAGGAGCUGGCGCAGAGGAGCUGCUUCAAUCUUCCGUCGUACACGUGCAUACGGGAGGGUCCGGACCACGCGCCGCGCUUCAAGGCCAUCGUCUGCUUCAACGGUGAGAACUUCGAGUGCCCGCACUACUGCUCCAACCUCCGCCAGGCUGAGCACUCCGCCGCCGAGGCUGCCCUCGCAUCCAUCUCCUCCCGCGGCCCCUCCCAAUAUUCCCUCGCCGCCCGCAUCCUGGAUGAGACGGGGGUUUAUAAAAACCUGCUGCAAGAGAUAGCGCAAAGAGUUGGAUCUCCUCUGCCACGGUACACGACUUUCAGGUCUGGUUUAGGACACCUACCUGUCUUUACAGGAACGGUCGAAUUGGCAGGAAUCGUUUUUAAGGGAGAACCAGCAAAGAACAAGAAGCAAGCCGAAAAAAAUGCUGCACUGGCAUCUUGGUUGUCUUUAAAACAAUUGGCACAGCAAGACGCAAGCUCUUCAACCGAGCAAGAAAAUAACGAAGAGCAAGAGCAGAUCAGAAUAGCACGGGCACUGCAGAACUACCGCCAAAAGGAAAAAUCGGAAACGGGCAACCUAAACGGCGUCCCAAUACCAUUCCAGCAAAAAUUCUCAGUUCCAACCGCUCGCCCGUCAAUCUCCACAUCAAAAAUCCUCCCGUUAUUCUGCCAGAAGAAUGCUUCUUCUAGAAACAGUAGGCCUUCAUCUAUUAUAAACGAUGGCCACACUACACAAAUGUUUACGGCUUUCGGUGCAGCUCCUUAUCUCCCCCACACGAGUCACUGCGGGCUGCCUUACCAGGGGAUUGCUCCACCCGUUACGAUGAGAACAUCAAUCCCUGUUUUCUCUGCACCGCCUAGUGGACGCUCCAUUCCUCAAGUGAUGGAGCCCCGACCCAUUUUUAAAGCCCCGUCCGUAUCCAUCAGGCCCCAACGACCGAUGGGUAUAGCCCCGCCCGUAUCCAUCAGGCCCCAACGACCCACGUGUAUUGCCCCACCAGUAUGUAUCAGGCAGGCAGUUCCUGUUUUUGCUGCUCCAGCUGGCAGGCAAGAUCCACCACCGUCGAAGUUGUUGUACAAGACCGAUGAGGCUGAGAAAAACGAGAGCAACUGCGAAGUUGAUGAAUCUACUGCUAUAAGAUGCCUGGAACAACUUGAGAUGUGAUUUCUUUGGGGGGGGGGGGGGCGUGAAUUUAUAAUAUUUAUUGUCUUAUUUAGUUUUGUCCUUUUGUUGUCCUAAUCAAUUACAUCAUGAUCAGCCUAUUUAUUAAUCUUUUGUACUUUGUUUGUUCUGAUCUUGUUUUUUAUUAUUUUUAUUCUAGGUAAUAUCUUUGGAUUUACUGUGCUACCUCUUGUUUCUGUUUCUUCA